AUGAGGCGAUCUGGCACCCGGCGACCGGAGGCGACAGGCCCCGGAGAGGGGGCGCGCCCCUUGCGCCGCAGCGCCUCAAUGGGAUCCCGAUCCGAGUUGGCCAGUAUGGUGGAACAGUUGACAGAACCCAGUGGCAGCGGAUCCUUCAGGAUGCUCACGCGCGCAGGACUUUGCUUGGCUAUUGGAGUGGUCUUAGUGACCGGGUAUCACACGCCCUUGUGGUUGGUGCCGUUUGGCAUCGUCUUUGAAGGUGUGUCGUUGGCCUGGUUCUACUUGAUUCAGAAGGACUGCGAACAAGGACAUUUCUUUCCGAGCAAGGCGUUGAAUGUGGCGGGGUCUUGGCUCCUCCGUUGGGAGCUGCACAUGGCUGGGGCAGUGCUGUUGGUGGUGACACAGAUUUGGAGCUUUGGCGCGCUGCUGAAGUUCUUCGUGUUGCCGUUGUUGGUGAUGCACGCGACCCUCUCCACCACGAGCAAGGAGGUCGAGGUGCCAAAGAAAGAGCGCAAGACGAUGCGGAAGUCACCCUCGAUGACCUCGUUGGAGCUUCUGUUCCCAGAGUUGGAGUCCACCGCCUCGCAAGUCAGCGACCUCUUGGUUGAAGCGCAACAGGCGGACCAAUCCUCGGUCUUCAGACGCCAGGUCAGUGGAGAUCAAGAUGAUGAGGAGGAGCGCAGGGGGUUUGCAGGCAACGGCAUGGUGCCCUUGCGUUCAUUCCGGGAGACCAGCAAGAAGGGUGGUGAAGACAUGAGUCAAUUUCACACACGACUCAGGGUGAUCAAAGCAUUUACCAGUCACCGUUGA